AUGAGUUUUUGUUCUCAAUAUGGAAUGAAUUUAGUAAAUUUAACAAAUUCAACAAAUUCAGCAAAUAUAUCUUUAUCGAUGAAUCAAGCUCUUCAAUUAAAAAAUUGUUCAAAUAAUUUUUGGUAUUCAUAUGGUAGUGACACAGGUCUUGUUGGCAAUGUUGGUUCAUUAACAGGUGGUAUAGUAUGUUCAGCAGUUCCUCUUUUAGGUCUUUAUUGUGUAUCAUCAUCGGUAACUCAAGCUGCUACAGUUUGUGUUCGAAAAGAUCAAAUAGAUAUGAAACAAAAAUGUUCCACUGAUGAUAUCAAUCAACGUUCUGAUGUUCAAAAGUCUUUAUUUAUUCGAAAAACGAUAUAUGGUACCAUACUCAAUGUAUUCUAUUCUCGCAGUGCAGCACAAUGUGAUAGUAUAUGUUCCAGAACUGACAGCUGUAUUGGCACAAAUUAUAAAAACUUUAAUUGUAUAUUUUAUUUAUAA